AUGUACUUUGAUUUCGAAGAGAUCGGUAGCGCCUAUAAGGUGUUUGAUGAAAUGAUUGAUAGAGAUGUUGUGAUUUGGAACUCGAUGAUCGGGGGCUGUGUUAAGUGUGGGAGGGUGCAGGAGGCUAGAGAGUUGUUUGAGAUGAUGAACGUGAGUAAGAAUGUGGGCAGUUAUAACGCAAUGCUUGGUGGGUAUGUGAGGGUGGGUUGCAUCGAGAGGGCUCGUGAGUUGUUCGAUGAAAUGCCUGAGAGAGAUGUUGUGUCUUGGAACAUAAUGAUCGGCGCUCAAGCGAGAUUGGGGACGGUUGAGAUUGCGUGUGAGCUCUUUGAUUAUGCACCGAAGAAGAAUGUUACGACAUGGAGCACAAUCAUAUCUGGGUUCUGCCACAGCGGCUGUUAUAAUGAUGCGCUUGAUAAGUUCAAGAAGAUGUUGGUUGAUGGACCUAGGCCUAACCAAGCAGUUUUAGUAUGCGCACUCUCAUCAUGUGCGCAUUUGGGUGCACUUGAGCUUGGAGUUUGGGUCCAUGGCUAUAUUGUUCAAUCAGGGUUCAAGGUUGAUGACUGGCUUGGUUCGUCGCUAAUAGACAUGUACGCCAAGUGUGGAGUGCUCCAAGCAGCAAUAUCACUAUUUCACCGUCUAAAGAGGCGAGAAGCGUGCGCUUGGACUUCGAUGAUCCAUGGAUAUGCCAUCCAUGGGCAAUGUCAACAAGCUCUCGAUACUUUCAACAAAAUGGAAGAACUUCGAAUUAAACCUAAUGAUGUCACAUUUGUAGCUAUACUAUCCGCAUGCUCUCAUGCCGGGUUAGUGGACAAGGGACGUGAAAUCUUCAAAAGAAUGAAACAAGUGUGCAACAUGAGCCCGAAGAUUGAGCAUUACACUUGCAUGAUCGACCUUUUCUGUCGAUCGAACCUGCUUGAUGAAGCUCAAGAGCUAGUAAAAUCCAUGCCGAUGAAACCUGAUAUCUAUGUUUGGGGUGCAUUGAUUAGCGGACUCAGGAUCCACCAACCUAACAGUUUGAAACUUGAUAACGGGUUGAGGGGAGAGAUUGAGAGACUGAGACCGACAGAUAGUGGGUUGUAUGUGCUCUUGUCGAACAUAUAUGCAGGGUUUGAUCAAUGGGGGGAGGUGGAGAUAAUGAGGGGGAUGAUGAAGGAUUUUGGUGUGAAGAAGAGCAGAGGGUGGAGUUCGAUUGAGGUUGAGGGAGUUGUUCAUGUGUUUUUGGCUGGACAAAGGGAGGGGAACUAUUAUAAGUUAGAUCAAGCGUAUGAGAUGUUGGAUUGUGUUUAUAAAGGAACGUGUAUAAGUUAUUUUGCAUGA